AUGACUAACAGGAUCACUGCUUUGCAGGUCAUCCACUGGUGUCUUUGCUUCAGCACGAUGCUUCUGUCUUUUCAAUUUCGUGUCUGGAGAUUGGUCGUUAUUUUCGCAUAUUUGGUGAUCCUGUGA